UCAGUUUUUGGAGUUAAGUCUCUCUCUCUCUCUCUCUUCAAUCUCUACUCUCUGCUCACUGCUCACUGCUCACUGCUUUCUACUCACAAAGAGCUGAUCCUGCUGAAGCACCGUGUGUGUCUCAUUUCGCAAACCCCUGCUUCUUCUUCAUAACUUGCAAGAUCUCCUUUUUCCCUCUUCCUUUCCUUUCAUCAAACCCUGCAACAUUAAUGCAAACUGAAAUAACACUACCCACAAAGAAACCAAACUGAAACCAAGACAAAAGUACCCCAUUUUCCACUCCAAACAAAACCCACUUUCUUUACUUCACCAUAUGAACUCAAGUUUGUUCCUUUUUCAUCAAUGAGCUGGGUUUUCUUCACUCUUCUUCUUGGGGGGGUUGAAUGGGUUGCAUGUUCUCUCAAUUAGCUUCAAAAUUUGCCUUCUUUCCUCCAUCCCCGCCCACAUACCAGAUCAAGAAGCGUGAUAAUGGCAAGCUCACUGUGGUCUCUACUUCUUCCUCAUCUUCACUACCCAUGCAUCUUGCUGAUGACAACUCGCUUGAUGUGCUGUUGGUUGAUACAAAGAGGGGGAACAAGAUUGUCGCCUUCUACUUGAGAAACCCAUAUGCUCGCCUCACUGUGCUUUAUUCUCAUGGCAAUGCUACUGACCUUGGCCAGCUCUAUGAUCUAUUUCUGCAGCUUAAGGUUAACCUCAGAGUCAAUUUGAUAGGAUACGACUAUUCUGGUUAUGGGGCAUCUACUGGUGAGCCCAGUGAAUCCAAUACGUAUGCCGAUAUGGAGGCCGUUUAUCAGUGUUUACAGACUGAGUACGGAGUUAGUCAGGAAGACUUGAUUUUGUAUGGGCAGUCAGUUGGCAGUGGACCCACAUUGCACCUUGCAGCUAAAUUGCCGAGGCUAAGAGGUGUGGUUCUGCAUAGUGGUAUCCUCUCUGGCCUUCGUGUGCUCUGCCAUGUGAAGUUCAGGUUUUGCUUUGACAUUUAUGAGAAUAUCAACAAGAUUAAGAAGGUGAAAUGUCCUGUGCUAGUAAUCCAUGGUACCGAAGAUGAUGUUGUGAACUGGCUACACGGAAAUGGAUUGUGGAAACUGGUGCGGGAGCCAUUCGAACCUUUGUGGAUCAAAGGUGGUGGGCACUGCAACUUGGAGCAAUACCCGGAUUACCUCCGACAUCUAUGCAGGUUUAUCCAUGAGAUGGAGAACAUCAACCGAAAUCCGCCUCAAAAAGAUCAGGCAGACUCUCCAUCUCCCCGCCAAGAGUUCUAAUAAUACACCUGCCGCUCCCGACAGGUGCUGUAGCUGUAGAAUCAAUGCUGAUUAUUGCUGUAGUUGUAGAAUCAAAUGCUGGCAACCCAAAUGCCCAGAAUGCUCAUUUCACAGUUGCUUCAAAUGCCCGUGUCGCCGCCC